AUGGCGGGCUCGUUCCGCACACUGUCUCCUCCGAAGUUCCAGCAUCAAGUCACAGCGCCCCCUGACGGAGCGUGGUGCCCUUUCGCGGCCCAGGCGGAAGCCAGUGACGUCACUACGGCCAUGUGCUACGCAGGCUGUCCCCUGACCAAUGAGGGGCUGCUGCAGCUGCCCCAGAUGCCCCUGGCGGCUCUGCAGGCCCUCGGCGAGGCCGCCUCCUGCCAGCUGCUGGCGCGCGACUACAACGCGGCCUUGGCGGUCUUCACGCACAUGCAGCGCCUGGCGUGGGAGCACGGCACCCACCCGGUGCAGCCGUCGCCGCCACCGCUGCUGGGGCCGCCGCUGCCCGGGGCCGCCGCGGGCCCCGACACGGCCUCCGCACUACCAGUGCCGCUCGCUGCUAACGGUGCCUCCGCGGUGCCCUCGCCUGCCGCGCUGGGUGCCUUCUCCGACGUGCUGGUCCGCUGCGAGGUGUCCCGCGUGCUGCUGCUGCUGCUCCUGCUCCUGCAGCCACCGCCCGGCAAGUUGCUGCCCGCGCACUCCCAGACCUUGGAGAAGUACUCUUGGGAGGCUUUCGACGGCCACGGGCAGGAGAGCAGUGGCCAGCUUCCCGAGGAGCUCUUUCUGCUGCUCCAGUCCUUGGUCAUGGCGACCCACGAAAAGGACAUCGAAGCCGUCAAGUCACUGCAGGCGGAGAUGUGGCCACUGCUGAGCGCCGAGCAGAACCACCUCGUUCACCUCGUGCUGCAAGAAACCAUCUCCCCCUCGGGACAGGGCAUCUGA